AUGGACAAAGUAGAAUCCCUGUCCUUCAACAAUUUGAAAUUAAAUACGUCUCCUACUGCCAUUGCCGAAGGCAACAGCCCAGAAAUCAUCUCCUAUCAAGGAGAAGCUGAUCAGCCCAGUAGUAAUAAUUCGAGUAUUUCUUCAGCGAAAUCAGGAAAAUGGAAACCUCUGUCAAAAAAUGGAAUUCUAGAGUCCUUUGAUUUUUUAUGUAGACAGAUUAAAGGGAACCUCAACAAGUUGACCAUCGAAAAAUUCGAAACAUUAGCAGAAAAAAUCGCAAUUCAGUGUGAAUCUUUGUCAAACUACGACGAACUUCAAAAAAUUGUAGAUAUUAUAAUUGAUAAGGCAGUUUUAGAGCCAGAAUGGUCCGAAAUGUACUCAGAUUUAUGCCAAAUACUCUACUGGCGCUCACUGGAGUUUGAUGUAGGAUCGAAGAAGGUGUCAUUUGCUAGUGCUCUUCUUAAUAAAAUACAGAGGGAAUACGAAAGUGUUCCUAAGAAUUUUGACUUUUCAACAAAGAAGACACUGGGGACAGUGAAGAUGAUCGGAGAGUUAUUCCAGAGGAAGAUGAUUGGGUUUAAGAUAGUAAACAAGGUGGUGUUUGACCUUGUGAUGAAUCAGGACCCGCACGAGCACCUGAUUGAAUGCUUUAUUCAAUUGAUCCACGGAACAGGAUACUAUAUUGACCAAAAUCCAAACCUACGGCCAGUACUGGACAUGUGGUUCGGAAGAUUGAAGGAGCUGAUGCUCCGCAAGGAGUACUCAAAGAGAAUUAAGUGCCUGAUACAGGACGUACUAAACUUGCCGAAAGCACAAUGGCAUAAAAAGGUACACAGAGAAAACGCAAAGUCACUCAAUGACCUGAGGGAAAAGGUAAAUUCGGAAGACAUACUGGGUGGAUCAGCACUGGCAGCGCAGUUCGGCAACAUAGUCAUCGUCGGUCAGAGGUACAACCUCUAUUCAAACUGCGCGUACGGAUUGUACAUGGCCCGCCAGGAGGAGCUAUUUAAGAUGAGGUAUAAACCACUGAAGGGCAAGGGUGUAGGCGUCGUAUGGGAACUGGGUUCAGAGUCAGCAGUGGGCGAAUCGAGGUUAUAUUCCUGGAAGUUCCUGAAAGAUGCCAUUGAGGAAUGUGAAGAGGUACCUGGUGCCACUGCACACGAGAAGAAGGGGAAGACUGGGAACGAAGUUGCAGACCGGAAUCGCAACGGUAGACAGGUGCGCCCUGUGAAGUUCGCGUCCCAGGAGAUCAUAGAAAACAACGUCACCACCAGAAGUACCUAA